AUGAUUCCAAAGAAAAGAAGAAGAAGGAAGAAGGUUGAGAACUAUGUCGAGAUCUAUGAGAAUGAGCUCCGGAACUACGAGCCAGAACAAGUGGAGAACUACGAGGAUGAGUAUCACAAAAAGAAAGUGUACGAGGUGGUGACCAUCACAGGAGACGAGAGAGGAGCCGGCACCGACGCCAACGUGUUUGUCACUCUGUUCGGAGAAUAUGGCAUCACUCCUAAAGUCCACCUGGCCAGCAAGAGUCGCACAGCCUUCGAAAGGGCCAAAACAGAUGUGUUCAGAAUCAGAACGCACAAUAUUGGAUCUUUGAAAAAGAUAAGGAUAGAGCACGACAACACUGGGCUGAGCGCCAGCUGGUUCCUGGACAGAGUGGUGGUGACGGAUGUGAUCAGGCCUCACUUGAGGUUUUACUUUGCUUGUAACAACUGGCUGAGUAAGACAGAGGGGGACGGCCUUUACGUCAGAGACCUGCUGGGCAGCAUGGACCCCAUGGACAUGCCCAAAUAUAAUAAAUACAUAGUGAGCGUUUUCACUGCAGACGUGAAAGGCAGUGGAACAGAUGCAGACGUCUUCAUCAAUAUCUUUGGGGAGUUUGGAGACACGGGGGAGAGACGACUUGACAACGACAAAAAUAACUUUGAAAAAGGCACCGAGGACAAGUUCACCAUCGAUGCACCAAACCUGGGCAAAGUGAGGAAGAUCACCAUCGGCCAUAAUAACAAAGGCUCUUCAGCGGGUUGGUUUGUGGACAAGGUGGUAGUGGACGAUAUGGGAAACAAAAUAGUUUACGAGUUUCCUGUUAAUCGUUGGUUUGCCAUCGACGAGGAUGACGGGAAGAUCCAGAGGGAUGUUUUAGUCGGGGGGAGCCAGCCCACAGGUAUUGUGUACAACGUCCAGAUUGUGACAGGAAACAUCCGAGGUGCUGGGACCAACUCCAAGAUCCAUAUCAUGAUGCACGGAUCCAAAGGCCUGAAGAACAGUGGCAGGGUGUUUUUGGCGGGAGGGAAGUUCGAGCGGGGCCUGACGGACAUCUUUAAUGUGGAGAUCGCUGCACUCCUCAGUCCCCUCAGCAGAGUCACCAUCGGACAUGACAACGGUGGAGUCAGUUCUGGGUGGUACUGCGAGAAGGUGGUGGUGUAUUGUCCUUUCACAGGGAUCGAGCAGACGUUCCCCUGCAGUAAAUGGCUGGAUGAGAAGGAGGGAGACGGGCUGAUUGAGAGAGAGCUCUAUGAGAUGGUCUCGCUCAGGCAGAAGAGACAGAAAAAGCACCCCUGGUCCUUGUGGAUCUGGACGUCGGAUCUUUCCGGUGCAGGGACAGACGCAGACAUCUCUUUCCAGGUGUAUGGACAGAAGGGCAAGUCAGACGAGAUCAGGCUGGACAAUAAAACUGACAAUUUUGAACAGGGACAGGUGGACAGGUUUAUGGUGGAGCUGCCGGAUUUGGCAAAAUUGACCAAAUUCCGUAUCUGGCACGAGAAGAGAAAUCCUUUUGCAGGAUGGCAUCUCAGCAAGGCGACUCUGAUGAAGACAUUAACAAAGGAAAAGUACACGUUUCCCUGUGAGCGUUGGCUGGACACCAAUGAGGACGACAAUGAGGUUGUGAGGGAGCUUCCUGCCACCGGAGACCUGAUCGCCGAGCCGCUGCCCUUGAUAAAAUACAGAGUGACUGUUUGCACGGGGACGGUCGGCGGCAGCGGCACGGAUGCAUCUGUGUUUCUCAAUCUGAUCGGAGACCACGGAGACACCGGAGAUCGUCAGCUGGUCAACUGCAAAAACAACAUCAACAAGUUUGAGAAAGGAAACUUGGAUGAGUUCAUCGUUGAGGCAGUGGCCAUUGGGCAGAUCCGCAGGGUGAGGAUUGGACAUGAUGGGAAAGGUGGAGGCUGCGGCUGGUUCCUUGACAAAGUGAUUGUAAGAGAGGAGGGACAGGCUGAGGCCCAAGCCGUAGAGUUCCCCUGCAACAGGUGGCUGGAUCGCAAUGAGGAUGACGGACAGAUUGUUAGGGAGUUGGUGCCAUUCUCAGAUGGACAGCGUCUUUACAACAUUGACUAUCAAAUCGCAGUGAAGACAGGAAGUAUCCCCGGAAGCAGCUCAGACUCCAACGUGUUCGUCAAGCUCUACGGAGAGAAAGGUGACACCAGUAAGAUGAUGCUGGUGGUCUCCGCCAACAACCUGGGGAACUACUUUGAGACGGGCCGCAUUGACAUCUUCACCGUGGAGACCUUCGAUAUUGGACAGAUCAGCCGUCUGAUGAUCGGCCACACCAAUGAAGGAAUGCGCGCCGGCUGGUUCUUGGACAGUGUUCAGAUCAUGGUUCCGGUCCACGGACGACAGUACAUGUUCCCCAGUCACCGCUGGCUGAGCAAGGAUGAGGCCGACGGCAAGACAGAGGUGGAGAUUUACCCGAGUGAGAUCCUGGAGAUGGAGCAAUUGAUAAACUAUGAGGUAACAGUAGUGUCUGGAGAUGUGAUGUUUGCCGGCACCAACGCCAGAGUUUACAUCCAGAUCUAUGGAGACAAAGGAAAGACAGAGGUCAUCAGGCUCGAGAGCAGGUCCAAUAACUUUGAGCGGAACACCACAGAAAUAUUCAAGAUUAAUGGAAAAGAUGUGGGGAAAAUCUUCAAGAUACGCAUCGGUCACGAUGGCUCUGGGAUCGGAUCCGGCUGGUUCCUGGAGUCAGUGGACGUCAAACAUUUAAUCAUGGCCUUGGAGGAUGGAGGAGAGGAGAUGCAGGAAGUGGUGCUCACGUAUCACUUCCCAUGUUCUCGCUGGCUGGCCGGGGGAGAGGAGGAUGGUGAGCUGGUGGUGGAGCUACCGCCCGAGGAGGCCGAGGAGCUGGAAGUCAACACCUAUGAAGUGUGCGUCUUCACUGGUGACAUGCUGGGAGCUGGGACUGACGCCAACGUCUUCAUUAAUAUUUAUGGAGAAAAUGGAGACACCGGAGAGCGCUAUCUCAAGAACUCUGACAACCUCAACAAAUUUGAGCGCGGGCAGGAGGACGUUUUCACAGUGGCGGCCAUUGAUCUGGGUCCUCUGAAGAAGCUGCGGAUUCGCCAUGACAACACCCAGUCUUACUCCUCUUGGUACCUGGAUCGUGUCGAGAUCGUGGACACAAAGGAGGACACGACGUAUUAUUUCCCUUGUAACCGCUGGCUUGCAGUGGAUGAGGACGAUGGGCAGAUAGCGAGGGAGCUGGUGCCAGUGGACGAGGCCUUCAUGAGGCAGGAUGAGGAUGAGGAGGGGACCGCCGCCACGCUGGGCCUGGAGCAGAAAUCCAUGUCUACCACAUACACCAUUAAAGUAAAAACCGGAGAAAAGAAGUACGCUGGAACCGAUGCCAACGUCUAUGCCAUCCUCUUUGGAGAAAAUGAUGACACCGGGAUCGUCAACUUAAAGGCUUGUAAAACCUACAAGAACAAGUUUGAAAAGGGGAUGAUCAAUGAGUUCACCGUGGAGGCAGUGGACUUGGGCGAUCUGGAGAAGCUUCGCAUCGGACACAACAACUCAGGGGGUUCUUCCGGCUGGUUCUUGGACUGGGUCGAGAUCGACGCAGCCUCGCAGGGUCAAAGACUACGCUUCCCAUGUGGCCGCUGGUUGGAUAAGGGCGAGGAUGAUGGGGCGGUGGUGAGGGAUCUGUAUCCCGCUGAGCUGCAGACUGAGCUCUACAUGCCGUUUGUGCCCUAUGAGAUCAAGAUCUUCACCAGCGAUGUGUUUGGUGCGGGAACAGACGCUGAUGUGUUUAUAGCGUUGUAUGGACGUAAAGGAGUGAGCACACAGCAGAAACCCCUGUGUGUCAACAAGAGAGAGAGACGUCUGUACUUUGAGAGGGGAGCUGAGGACAUGUUCAUCGUAGAGUUGGAGGAUGUUGGUGAUGUUAUAGAGAAGAUCAGGAUCGGACACGACAACAAGGGCACCAACCCGGGAUGGCACCUGGACAGAGUGGAGAUCAGACGACAGCUCAGGAAAGGAAAGGGUUCAGAGACGACCAUUUUCCCAUGUGAGUGCUGGCUGGCCAAAUCUGAAGAUGACGGGGAGACGGUGAGGGAGCUGGUCCCCUCAGAUAUCAUCACACAGAAGCUCCUCAGGGAUGGGACGCUGAAAACCACAGAGACGGAGGUGGAGGACGCUCUGGAAACUCACACGUACAACGUGUCAGUGCGGACAGGUGAUACGCACGGAGCCGGGACUGAUGCCAAUGUUUUUCUCACCAUCUACGGAGACCUGGGAGACACAGGAGAGCGCAAACUGGCCAAAUCUGAGAGCAACAAGAACAAGUUUGAGAGAGGAGCGGUGGACAAGUUCUCCAUCGAGGCUGUGGAUCUGGGGCAAGUGUUUAAGAUUUGUAUUCGCCACGACAACUCCAUGAUGGGGGCUGACUGGUACCUGGACCAGGUGGAGGUGCUGGAUUUGGAAACAGAGGAGGUGUACAUGUUCCUGUGUGAGCGCUGGCUGUCGACAAAGAGAGAGGACAAACACAUUGAGAGGACCUUCUUCGUCAAGGGGUAUGAAGGUGAAAGAGGCACUGAUCCAAUUUCCAAGAAGUUGGCUCAGGCCAAACUUGGACUGGACAGAAAUGCCAACAAGAAGAAAAAGAAGAAAAAAGUGGCUGUGGUGGAAGAGGGUCCAAUCAUUCCCUAUCACUUCACCUUGUCCACGGGAAUAGACCGUGAUGCCAGCACCACAGCCAGGGUCUAUGUCAUCAUCAUCGGCCCCGGCGAGACUGAGACAGAGCGACUGUGGCUGGACCUGCCUGAGGGAAAGACGUCCUUCACAGCUGGCACCAUGGAGCACUUUGUGUCUUAUGGAACUGACGUAGGAGAGAUCAAGAGGGUGGAGGUUGUUUAUUCAGCCACUGUGGUCACGGGUGACACUCAGUACGCAGGGACUGACACCAACAUUUUCCUGACUGUGUUCGGAGCCAACGGGAGCACAGAGGAAAUGCUGCUGCCCAAAAAUGAGAUCAGGUUUGAAAGAGGCCAAGAAGACACAUUCAACCUGGAGAUCGAUGACAUUGCUCCUCUGAAGAAGAUCAGAGUUCGGAUCGAUGGCAGCGGGAGUCGCCCCGACUGGUUUCUUGACAGUAUCCUGAUGCGGAACCUGACCACAGAAGACGUGUAUCUGUUUACCUACGAGAACUGGUUGUCAAAGACCAAAGGGCCAAAGAGGACGAAGGUGUGUGAGCUGGCAGCCGUGGUGGACGAGGAAGAGAUGGUGGAGAAAACAACCUACAUCAUCCAAGUCCAGACCAGUGAUGUCGGAUUAAAUAUCUCUGGUGUUUUAGGUGCCGGCACUGAUGCCAACGUGUUUGUGAUUGUGUUUGGCGAGUACGGCGACACCGGGAUGCUGCCUCUGAAGGAGAGCACCAACAGGAACAAGUUCGAGCGUAAAAUGAAGGAUGUGUUCAGAUUCCCCGAAAUUCUCAGUCUGGGCGAACUGUCCAAGGUCCGAGUGUGGCACGAUAACAAAGGCCCUGCUCCUGGUUGGCACCUCGAGUACAUUGAUGUGAAAGACGAGGCCAUGGACCAGACCUUCAGGUUCCCCUGCGACCGCUGGUUGGCUAAAAAUGAAGAUGACGGGCAGAUUAUGAGGGAGCUGGCCUGUGCCAACAACGACUCCAUAGACCUCAGUGACAAAACCAAAUAUGAAAUUGCCACAACAACUGCAAACACAGACGAUGCCUCCACCACAGAAAACGCCUGGAUCGUGUUAGAAGGAAGAAAAGCUCGUUCCAAGGAGUUUGUUCUCGAGAAUAAGAAAAAGAAGUUCUUAUGCGGUGCCACCGACACAUUUGAGUUCUCAUCCAAGCACGUGGGGGAGAUUGCCGGCAUCUGCAUCGGCCACAUAACGAAAGAGGGUAAAAAGGUGAAGAGUGAAACUUUCUGGCACGUUAUGGAGGUGGUGGUUACAGAAAAGGAGCUGGGGAACAAAUAUUUCUUCCAAUGUGACGCACAAAUCCCCUUGGCGGCCAAAAAGGACAAGUUCCUGACUUUUGAGUGUUAUAAGUCCAUCGAGAGCUUCGCCAGCAAAGUCCGCAACCUGGUUCCCGUCAAGUAUGAAAUCAUCGUCAUUACAGGGGAUGUUAAAGGAGCCGGCACGGACGCCAAUGUCUUUAUCACCGUCUAUGGCGUCAACGGUGACUCAGGCAAGCGUCACCUGCGGCAGAAGUUCCGAAACCUUUUUGAACGAGGACGGACCGACCGCUUUGUUCUGGAGAUGCUGGACCUUGGGGAGCUGCUGAGAGUCAGAGUGGAACACGACAACAGUCACUCAAACAGCAGCUGGUAUUUGGAGUGUGUGGAGGUGACCAACACGGCCAACUCCGUCACAACCAUCUUCCAGUGUGGGAAGUGGCUGGACCCUCACAAGGCCGACGGGCAGAUUCACAGAGUGCUCUACCCCAGAUAUUAGCAGGACACGUGGGACGAAGAGUGGGCGAGCGUUUCCUUUAGAGAGAGCUUGUGGGGUUUUUCUAUAUGACA